AUGAUAAUUCAACUAGCUGUUAAUGAGGAUGCUUCACGGGUUUUUGGUCGGGAAUUUGACAAGCAAAAGAUCAUUGAAUUGUUGUUUUCUGAUUGCCAAAACAAUCUUCGUGUUAUUUCUAUUGUUGGCAUGAAAGGAGUCGGAAAGACGACACUUGCUCAACUUGUUUACAAUGAUGAGAUAGUAAGCAGAUACUUCAACCUAAGGGGAUGGGUGCAUGUGCUUGAGUCUUAUGAUGUUCUGCAACUAAUAAAAGCAAUCACUGAAUCUUUUGGGAGGAAACUUGAUAAUUCAAAGGAGUUGAACACUCUUCAAGAAAUUCUCAAAGAGGAGAUGUGGCGAAAAAGGGUGUUACUAGUCCUAAACAAUAUAUGCAACUACAAAAAUAGUUUUUUGGAGUUCUUAUCGAUUUCCUUCAAUGGUGCUGAAUCAGUGAAAAUCAUUGUAACUUCAAGCAAUGAUUCAGUUGCUGCUGAGUUUGAGGAAAUGAUACUUCCUUAUCAUCUUCACUGCCUCCAUGAAGAUGAAUCCUGGUUGUUGUUUCAGCAUUGUGCAUUUGAUUGUCAUGGUUUUCAUCAAAUCGGUAGGAAGAUUGUUAUCAAGUGCAAAGGUUUUGCCUUCUUUGUCUUUGAAGAUGCUCGGACACCUCCUUAG